CACAUGUCUCCUAUUUUCCAACAAAAAAACCCUAGCCCCCGCUCCACUAUUCAUCAUCAUCUUUUUUCAAAAUUCAAGAUCAGAACAUUUCACCUUCAUUAUUCAAGAUCUAGUUGCAAAAAUCCAAAACCCACUUUCAAAACACCAAGAAAAAAGAAGCUUUCUUCCAUCUCCAACAUGUCUUGAGCUAUUUCCGGCGAGACCAUCUAUUUUUCGGCGAACCACCGGCCGGCGACCCCAGUCCAAGCUCAGUCCGACUCCAGCUCCUCGUACACAGGCCCGUUCAGUAAACUCCAGCUCAAAUCUGCGAAGCCCGAGCUGUUUUCUCGUCGAGCCCGCAGCCAAGCUUCGUCGUCCGUACAAGCCGCGCCACCCACUCAGACCGACGACCCAUGUUCUUCCUUGCUCGACCCUGCAACUCGGCGACCGUACAUCUGGGCCAGCAACACGUCACACACGCUCGAACACCAGCAGCUCCUAUUCACGCGCGUCUCCGCCACCAACCGAGCCCAGCACCUCCGGCGACUACCUAAGGCUGGUCGAUGAGUGGCUGCGCAGCCUUGACAUGAUUUUUGAGGUCAUGGACUGCCCCGAGCCUCACAGGAUCAUGUGUUCACAGCUACAGAUGGUAGGGGAUGUAGGUCUCUGGUGGCAUUCGUACUGGGAGAUGCGACCCGGGGAGAAGCUGGCCCUCACUUGGGCUGGUCUGAAGGCGCUCCUCCGGGAGAAGUAUUACCCAGCCCACUACAGAGAGAGGAUGGAGAGGCAGUUCUUAGCACUGGAGCAGGGUGCUAGGACUAUCGAUGAGUAUGAGAGGGACUUCACUCGCCUCGGCUACUUC